CAGACUGACACCAUGGGCUGUGAGAGAGGACUGUUCCUGACUGCUGCUCUGCUGGCUGUCUUUUUAUGCAGUGAUGCUAUCACCGGUGGACGAGAGGCGGAGGCCCACUCCCGUCCGUACAUGGCCUCGCUGCAGGUCGCCGACGGCGGCAGGAUGAAACAUGAGUGCGGAGGGUUUCUGGUGGCCGAUCAGUGGGUGAUGAGCGCCGCACACUGCUUUCUCUCUGGGUCAGAAGGGAGGAAGGUCGUCCUAGGAGCUCAUUCUCUGAGCGAACCAGAGGAUUCUAAACAAACCUUUAACAUUGUUGAAGUGUUCAGUCACCCUGAUUUCUGUACCUCUAACUAUGAUAAUGACAUUGCUUUGGUCAAGCUGGACCGGCCAAUCGUGGCCAGUGAUGCAGUAAAAUCCCUGAAGUUCCAACGUGACCAAGGGGCUGACCCCGACACGGACCAGGAGGUCAACACGGCGGGGUGGGGGUCACUGAACAACCUGGGGUCACGACCUGACAAGCUACAGGAACUGGUGAUCGCUGUGAUGAACCGUGUUCGAUGCGGCCGCAGUGACUACUAUGGCAAGAAGUUCACUAAAAACAUGCUGUGCGCUGCCAGCACGCGCAGUGACACCUGUGAUGGUGAUUCUGGAGGUCCUCUCCUGUAUAAUGGUGUGGCAGUUGGGAUCACUUCAAAUGGAGGGAAGAAGUGUGGAUCCAGCAGGAAGCCUGGUUUAUACACCACCAUCUCCCACUACAGCCAGUGGAUAGACAAGACCAUGACUCAAUAGAAGCCUGGUUUAUACACCACCAUCUCCCACUACUGCCAGUGGAUAGACAAGACCAUGACACAAUAGAAGCCUGGUUUAUACACCCCCAUCUCCCACUACAGCCGGUGGAUAGACAGAACCAAUAGAAGAAUGAUGUGUCCCAAAUGGCAUUGUAUUCCAUAUGUAGUGCACUAAUUUUGACAAGGCCUCAUAGGACCAUGGUUUAGUGACACAGUAAAACAAUACUCAUUAUAUUAUACCACUUUAUAAAACAUAUAAUUGUGUAAAAAUGUUGUGUAUUGUGUAAACAUUUUGUGCAUUGUGUAAAAAUCACGGCAAUAAACCAUACACAUGAAUCAG